AGCUUUUCAUUUUUCGCAAGGGAUGCAAGUUGACAUGUUUGUUUUUUAGAGUGACUUUGAUGUUUGUGCCGAAUGUGGAUCUCUAGCGGAGUGCGACCACGAUCGCGAAACUCUCACUGCCGUUCCUUCCCGAGGAGGGGCCUGUUCGCUUCCUGGAGUGUGCCAACCUGAUUUGGCGCUAGAGAUUGAUACCCUUGACAUGUGUUCUGUUAAACCCAUUCUACCUCAUUCAGAGGUAUUCAACACAUACGGAUCGCUUUCAAACGCCGAGCUCAUUUCCAGGUACGGCUUCACCCUGCCGGAGAACGAAUGCGAUAUCGUUAGUUUGGGUUACGGCUCCUUCUCCGCCUUCAUCAACAACCUCAUAGAUGUGGUGCACUCUUCCGCCGACAGUGGUUACGAUGCCGACAUGCAGGGGCGCUUACAGAUCCGAGUCAGGUACGGGUACAAGCGAAUAGAUCUGGUGGAUGAGCGGUCAUGUUUUAAUUCCAGAAACUUAAGUCUGCCUACGGACUUCCGCGUAUUGGAUGACGAACGGGAGAUAGACAACUUUGUGAUCCGAUUCUUACGAAUAUAUUCGCAUUUUGCCAGACAUUGGACGACAGAACCCAGAUGGGACGAGAUGGGUGACAAUGGAAUAGUCUAUAAUUCUCCGUCGAUCUCGUCACCACGGUCUCCGCGAGAUGAUCCAGAUUCUGCCCUUCCCGAAGCCUUUAACAUUAACAGCGAGGGAAAGAUGACGCAUACCCUGUGGCUUUUCUGCGUUCUAUUUGCCACCUGCAUAUGUUCGCCGAGAGUCAUGACAAAUCUUGCUCACCUGAUUUUUCCGGAUGACAAUGAGCCGCGUCAAUCGUUUGUGGAAGAUGUGAAACGGUACCUUGUGGAUAUACAGGAUCAUAUCGACAACGCCAGGGAAACGGGGGAUGAUGACGAAGAAGUCUCGGUCUCUACAUGGUCGGACCCUCCCUCGGAUACUCGGGACGAUUCCUAUUUCCAUGUCCCCCAAAGCCAUUUGACGGCCGAGACCGAAACCGACAUUGGCGGAAUAUCCAAAGACGAAAACAAUGUUCUUGCCAGCGCAAAAGAUAGUGCCUGUUUCAUAUCUAGUCUCCAGCCAACCAGUAGUUCUCUGGGUCUCGACCUUCCCAUUGAGAUUAGACCCGACGGAGACGCAUGCAUCCCUGCCCAUACUUGCACCACAAAAAUGCCUUCGGCACCUUCAAGCGCCUCACAAGCGGUGGUCUGGAACGGCCUUCGGAGAAGAUCUAAUGUGGAAGAAGAGCGGCCCCAAAAACGUAUGCGGCACACCAGUCCCCAUGCCGUGGAUAGCCAGGAGGAUCUUCCCUUCGAUAUAUUUGGAUGUGGAGAGGCGACAAACGCCCAUCGGGUAGCACAGACACUUGCUCUUAUCGUGGUACACCUUUGCCAGCACAGGGUCGAUCCUGCGCACGUAUCCGAUGUGAACGCAGGAAAUUUGACUGCAGCGAAACUCGGAGAGCUCCUAGAUGUAACACCAAUGCAUAUGCAUCGGACCCGAGUGGCAAUGCUACUAGCGCUGAAUGAGAAGUCUAUUCUGGAGAGCUGCGCAUCCACUUGGGGUGCUGUCCUGAAGAACAUUCAUGAUAUCAACAAGGAAUGACCACACAAGCUCCAGCGGACCAUACAGCUGACGAUA